AGAAUACGAUACGAAGGAAAGCCGUAGCAUGCUUCCAUAGCCAUCGCCAUGCUGCUGCUACUGCUGCUUGAUCUUCUUCGCUGCCUCGACGCCGUUUAGACGUCGCUCCGUCCCCCGUCUCCUUCCUUCCUUCCCCCCUGCCAUAGAUAGCCUAUUCCUCUUGCUGCCAUUAGUGCCGAUAUUUCUCCAGCUCGCAGCACUUGGAUGCCCUCUCUGCUCGGGUUUUUUGCACCCCGUUUUAGCGCGCGCGCGGAUCGCUCCCAUGAUCGCGUUCUGAUCGUUCGGAAACUCUCGGGAUUGCAAGAAUUCGUUGCGUUGGUCGUGGUGGGCACAUGGCUUCGCGAGUAGGCCUGGUGUACGAUGAGCGCAUGUGCGCGCAUGAAAAUGUGGACUCCGACGACCAUCCUGAGCAGCCGGCUCGAAUUACGUCUAUCUAUCAACGUCUCAAGGCGGAGGGAGUCGUGGACCGAUGUGUACAGGUUGACGCGCGGGAAGCAACUCCUGCAGAAUUGAGCACAGUGCACACCGAGGAUCAUAUUAGCCUUAUGCAGGAGCUUGGUCAUAAAUCUUUUGGCAAGAAAAAGCGUAGGCGGCUGCAGGAAACUUUUGAUUCGAUUUAUUUUAACGAGGGGUCUGCUGUAGCUGCGCUAUUAGCUGCUGGAUCAGUUAUUGAGGUUGCAACCCAAGUAGCUGAGGGAAAACUGGCAUCUGGAGCAUGUGUAAUAAGACCACCUGGUCAUCAUGCGGAGGCCGAUCGACCAAUGGGAUUUUGCCUUUUGAACAAUGUCGCAGUUGCGGCUCAUAUACUGGCCCAUGAAAAGACAGAACUUGGAGUCAAAAAGGUGCUGAUUGUGGACUGGGACGUGCAUCAUGGGAAUGGUACACAGCACAUGUUUUGGACUGACCCCCAGGUUAUGUACUUCUCUGUUCACAGAUUUGACCAGGGGAGGUUCUAUCCACCUGGUAAUGACGGUAACUGUACUGAAGUAGGAGGCGAGGAGGGGAAAGGUUACAACAUCAAUGUUCCAUGGCCAAACAAAGACUAUGGUGAUGCUGACUACUUGGCAGUUUGGAAGUAUAUUCUCAUGCCAGUAGCUCGCCAGUUUAACCCAGACAUAGUUUUGAUCUCAGCUGGUUUUGAUUCUGCCAGAGGAGAUCCUUUGGGUAGGUGUAACGUUACUCCUGGUGGGUAUUUUCAAAUGACACGACAGUUAAUGGAGUUAGCAAAUGGGCGUGUGGUAUUAGCCUUGGAAGGUGGCUAUAACCUCACUUCCAUAUCAGAAUCCUACUUAGCAUGCAUGCAAGCUAUGCUAGGCGAUUCUCCUGUGUUAAAGGUUGAACACGAUCUUCUUCCGGAAACAUUUCCUGUGAUUAAGGAGGUACGGAAACAUCUUCAGAUGUAUUGGCCUAUUCUUGCGGAAGAACCGUUGCCAGUGCCUUUCACACCUGCCCCUAGCUUAGCUUCCAAGUCGUCAACUUUGCAGGAAUUGGAAGGAAUGGUUAUUGAAAGCUUAGACGAGGAUCAGCAGUGGCAGACUCCUCCACAGCCUGCUAUUAUACCCAUCACGGAUCUCAUUGAUCUACUGUCUAAGUUAAGAGCCUGGGAUGGAAGCUCGGAUAUUGUUCAUGAUGAACCAACCAGCUCGACGGUUAUAACAUCAGAUGAAAAGGGGAAAAAGAUUAUUUCUUCGGGAGAGCUAAGCUUUGCGGGAAUUUCAGGACCUGAGGAUAUUGCCACUGUUCUUCAACUGUCCGGAGCUGAUUCAUCUUCCUUUGCAGGUGAAGGGGAUGGAGGGGCUGUUGAGGAUGAAGUUGCGACGGGAAGAAUGGAGGUGGAAUCAGAAUUCUUAAGGAGUCCGUCUGGUACGAUGGAAGGAAUCGUCAACACAAAGGCUGGUAAAGAAGAGUGGAACGCAUUGGGAAGCACACGAAAAAUAGUUCAAAACAUGGACGAAUCUAGAAAUGAGUUGAAUGCCUCAGGAAUUGAUUCUUAUCGAAAUGUUUCCAGUGACUUGAGCAGUUCAGAAGAAGCCUCUGGUGCUGGUGAUAUAGUGGAACCUAGCUAUAUGUGGUACGCUUGUUAUGGAUCUAACAUGUGGAGGCCACGGUUUAUGUGCUACAUACAAGGAGGAAAGGUAGAAGGCAUGUCGAGAACGUGCAUCGGAUGCAGAGACAAGUCACCUCCUCUGGCUUCAGAAUGGCUAUCCAUCCCUAGUCGCUUGUUCUUUGGACAUGAGAGCACGAAAAUGUGGGGUUUGGGAGGAGUUGCGUUUAUUGAUCCUGUUCCCGAAGCUGGUAUUCUUACUCAUGUUCGAAUUUACAAAAUCACGAUGGAGCAAUUCAAUGACGUUCUUAGCCAAGAAAAUCCUGGCAGAGUUGAGAGAUCAUGGAUGACUGGUAGGCAUAUUGCGCAAUUGAAGAAGGAAUCUCGUCACUUUUUGGAUAUUUUUGAGGACGAGUGGUAUGGAACUGUGAAAUACCUCGGGGAGAAAGACGGUCUUCCAAUUUUAACCUUCACGUGUCCGGAAUCUCACAUGAAGAAAUUCAGAUCUGGGGAAUUCGGUACUUUUGCUCCUCCGGAGUCCUAUCGAAAUGUGAUAGUCCAUGGCCUUGUGGAGGAUUUGGGUCUCACUGAGGAGCAAGCCCAUGACUAUGUGUCAUCGGCUAUACUGCCUAAGUAGGAGUUUGGAAUAUCAUGAGUGAUGCUACUUCGUUUUUUUUUUUUUUUUUUUUCUGCCAUUCAAACUGGUUACAUUCUAUUUACCCUUCAGGGGCAAAAACCUGAUAAUUGUGCUUCAGACAGUAUCUGGGUCAUUCAGCCAACUCAAUUUAGUGUGUAGACAGACACCGAAGAUCAGGAUCCUGUACAAAUUUCAAUUAUCAACGAACAAUCCUAUAGAAUUUCAUACCACUCGUCCUGUGUACAAAUUAAAUGUUUUUAACGGGUUUUGUGUACAAAUUUCAAUUAUCGAUGAAAA